UAGCCGAGGCAGAGUACCACAGCGCGCGGUCAUACACACGCAUGUUUUUUCGUGCUUUCUCUGGCUUCACAAGUGCGUUCAGAUCGUUUUCAUCUACUCCUCCAAGCUUCAAUCUCACAAAACCUGAGAAGACGUAAGUGGGGCCUCACACUAGGUGUACGACUGUCUUCGCAUCUCUCACCACACAGCGUCUUGCAUGGGAACCGCUGGCAGCUGUACGCGUCCGUCGGUGAUCGAAGACGUCCAGGUGAAUUCCAUUCGCAAGAGAUCCUUGUCAAAGAUGUCUACAGAGGGAAAGCGACAAGGUGAACACUCUAAGUUUGUUCCGAGACCUCUAGUUGUGGCUGGUCCAAGUGGUUCUGGGAAAAGCACUUUACUAAAGCAGCUGUUCGAUGAAUUCCCACAAUCAUUUGGCUUCAGUGUAUCACAUACAACACGUAAACCCAGACCAGGUGAAGUCAACGGAAAAGAAUACCAUUUCGUGACACGAGACGUCAUGGAAAAGGAAAUUGCAGAAGGAAAUUUUAUUGAGUCGGCUGAAUUUUCUUCCAAUUUAUACGGGACGAGCAAGAAAGCUGUAAUGGAUGUCAGCAGUUCAGGACGUAUUUGUGUGCUGGAUAUUGACAUGCAGGGUGUGAGGAGUGUCAAACAAACAGACUUGAAUGCAGUCUAUGUUCUUGUCAAGCCACCAUCAAUGGAAGUCCUGGAAGAGAGACUUCGAGGUAGACAGACCGACUCUGAAGAAGCAGUCCAACAACGAUUGAAAGCAGCAAAGGGAGAACUAGAUUAUGCUACUCAGCCAGGGGUGUUUGACCAUGUUGUUGUGAAUGAUACAGUUGAUGGUGCAUACAGAGAGUUGAGAGCGAUAGUUAUUCAGGAUAUUGAGAAACUUAAAGCAGAGUGCUGAGUGAAUCCCCUCUACCCCUGUUUGAGAAGACCCGAUUGUUAUGAGAAUUUAUGUAUUCUACACUUGUCUAACAAUUAACACUGCAAUGAAUAAUUGGAAAUAGUGGCAAUCUUUGUAUUGGCUCCAUCAUUUCUUGAUUGUUGUCUGCUGUGUACAGAAUGUCAUGCAGGAAUUGUACCCUCAUUGUUCUGUUGCAUUUCAGCCCUGUUUCUCGUCUGUAGAUAUU